AUGGCUCCCGUCAAGACCAUCGCGGUGAUCAUCGCCAUGAAGGCUGAGGCUGCGCCGCUCGUCGAGCAUCUCGGGCUGAAGAAGGCGGAGCCAAGCCCUUUCCCGGGCCCCAUCCCGGCAGAGGUGUUCAGCGGCGCCGUCGGCGACGCCACCGUGCACGUGUGCUGCAACGGUGAGGCCAAGGGCUUCGGCGUCGAUUCCGUCGGCACCGUCCCGGCGGCGCUCACCGCCUACCAAAUCUGCGAACACCUCAAGCCCGAUCUCCUGAUCAACGCGGGCACCGCGGGGGGCUUCAAGGCCAUGGGAGGCGCCAUCGGCGACGUCUACCUCGCCACCGCGUUCAAAAACCACGACAGAAGAAUCCCCAUCCCGGGAUUCGACGCCUACGGCGUCGGACACGCGGACGCCGCCCCGUGCCCCGCGCUGAGGCUGGCGACCGGAUUCAAGCCCGGAGUCGUGUCCACCGGCAACUCCCUCGACGCGCCGGACGUCGACGUCGAAUCCCUCAAGAAGAACGAGGCGAGCGUGAAGGAGAUGGAGGCUGCGGGCAUCGCACACGUGUGCGCCAUGUUCGACGUCCCGCUGCUCGCGGUGAAGGCCAUCACGGACAUCGUGGACGGGGACAAGCCCACGCAGGAUGAGUUCCUCGAGAACCUCGGCGCCGCGGCCAAGGCGCUGCAGGGCGCGGUGCCAAAGGUGAUCGAGUUCGUGGCGGGGAAGGAGCUCGGCGCGCUGUGAGUCAGUCGAGGGAUGUGUGUUAUGUGUGGUAGCUCUUAUUGAUCUAAUCGAACGAGUCGUCGUG